AUGGUGAUGGGUCUGUUUAUGGUGAGUAAAAAACUUGAAGAAGAAAGGAAAAAGCUAUUUAAAAUGAAGAGAGGGGGAGAUGAGGGAGCAGUGGUUCGUGGUGGACGGACUGGAGUUCGCCGGUGUUCAAUUGGAACAAGCUUGGGUUUAAGUGGCCAUGAGGAAUCUGUGGACAACCUAAACGAUGAUUUAGUGACUGCAGCUAUCGUGGUGCUUAAAGUCACUGCUUCAGAAGCAGUCACUUUAGGCAUGAAAUGGAAUUGUCUUAUUUUCAGGGCGAGUCAAGUUGAAAGUGCUGAAGGGGAGGAUAAGCCCGCCAGAUCAGAAACAGAAGUAGCAGUCUCUCAGAGGAUUACUAUUCCACUAAAUUUAUGUAUGAGGGCCGCAACUGCAACUGCUGUAGGUGCUGCUGCUGCUCAUGCCAAAUUGUUGGCCGAUCAGGAAGAGAGAGAAGUAGAAUAUCUGGUUUCUACUUUGGUUGAAGCACAGGUGAAGAAGUUGCAACGCAAAAUGAAACAUGUAGAUGCUUUGAACCUGAUGAUGGAGAAGCAGCACGGCCAAAUGAAGGAUUUAGAAGAAUCUUUAGUUAUGGAGAGAAUGGACAUCUUGCAGAAGAUAUUUAGUGCCGGGGUAUCUAGAUGGAGGGAUCAUGCUUCAGUCAAAUCUUAAAGUAGCAGCAUAUAGCUUGAUGUUUCUUGAUGAAUGUCAUAUACCAUGAUGUUGUAGAGAGAUCACCCUUAGCUUGCUUCUUCAGAUAUUCUCUCCUGAU